AUGGAUGCCGUCCCCCGUCGCAGACCUAACGUCUCCAGUGAUAACCCUCGGUCAAACGAUGGAGUUGAAUCUCGACCGCAAAAUGAAUCUACGUACAUGUCGCCCUCCGAUAGGGGGCUUUCUGAAUCCGUUUACGACUCACCUGAACUUUCAUUCUGGAUCAAAUCAUUGGUGAUCAUUUUUAUUGGUGCUGUAUACGUCUGUUCUCUUCGUCAUAGCUGCACAAUCAAUGUAAAAAAACAAACAUUUGAGUUGUUGCAUUUCUCGAGUGACAAUGCUAGAGUUCACCUACAGCGUGUGACAUCCCUUGGGCCGCGACCUGCGGGGUCGAAUGCCAAUGAACUGUCAGCAGCUGAUUACUUGCGCAGAGAAUUACUGAAUAUCGCCCGUAUUGCUACUCAUUCAGGAAUGAAGGUAGAAUUCGACGAACAAGUUUCUAACUACUCGAGUUUUCAGACUGGUUUUCACGUUUCCGCUUACAAUAACCUUCGAAAUUUUCUGCUGAAGUUUCACGCUACUUUUCUGUCAAAUUGCCAUUAUGACUCUGCAGUAGAAAGUCCCGGUGCCUCAGAUGAUUUCGUUAGCUGCGCCAUAAUGCUAGAAGCCUGUAGAAUCUUUGCCCUGGGUCCUAACAAUUUAACCAAUGACCUUAUAUUUUUGUUCAAUGGUGCCGAAGAGUCCAUCCUACCUAGCAGUCAUGCGUUUGUCACACAACAUCAGUGGGCCAAAGAGGUUUCAGCAUUUUUGAACCUCGAAGGUGCUGGUUCCGGUGGAAGACUCAUGGUGUUUCAGUCCGGCCCGGGUACAGACUCAGAAUUCUUAGUGAACAGUUAUUCUGAUUCUUUUGCACAACCCUAUGCAAACGUUUUCGCAGAAGAACUGUUCCAAUCUGGAAUCAUCCCAUCAGAUACGGACUUUCGGGUAUUCCGUGAUUUUGGUCGUAUCCCAGGUUUGGAUAUGGCUUACACCUCGGACGGUUAUUGUUACCAUACGCGAUAUGAUACGGAAUCGAGAAUAAGCAAAGAGUGCCUGCAGUCCACAGGGGAAGAUAUUGUUACUUUUUUGCGCCAAAUCGUUAAAACUUCAGCGUGGACACGAAGCGUAUAUUUUGAUGUAUUGGGAUUUCAGCUGAUUUCAGUGCCUUGGAGACUAUGGAAGUUGUUUGACUGGCUUCUAUUAACUCUUUCCGUGUGUUGGCUAUUAUACGAUAGACGUUUUAACUCUCUGUCGUUGGAUUGGAUUUAUUUUCGCCGUUGUAAUUCAGUUUUUGGACUUAUAUUUGCUUAUCUCUUGGGUUAUUUAACGCAUCACUAUGGCUGUCGUAUGUCUUGGUAUUCGGCCCGUUACAAUCUGGUCGGAAUUUAUCUACUCCCAUUCAUUUGCUGGUUCUUCUGGUUCUUUACCCUAUUGACAAACAUUCCUAAUGGUUUGUGCGUUAUCUGCUUUAAGUCUUCCGGUUUGUUCAAUAAAAUGGGGUGGGUGAUAUCAAGGAAAACGAAUAAUCUUCUAAUUGAACGCGAUUUUUUUGAUGCUGCUCUCUUUGUAAUCGCUUUCCACAUGCUUGUUUUUGAUUUGCUAAACAGUCCUGCUGGAUUUGUUUCAACCAUCUGGUUGGCCUCCAUCCUGUUUGGACGCGUGAUGUAUCAACUAACCGCUCCGAAUUCGCUGAAUAGUGUCCGCUGGACGUUUUUCUUAGUAAUUCCUGCCUGUUUAUUUUGGCACUUCUAUUUUUGUGCUAGCGUCGUUGAAUUUUUCAUUCCAGUCUUCGGAAGAUCUGGUCAAAUAAUAGAGCCCGACAUAGCGUUAAGUGUAUGUCUGUUUUACCUGAUAUCGCCCAUAACUUUGCUUUUUGGAGGUAUGAUGCAAUGCUCAGCGGGGAACGCAUCAAGGUCUCUGAGAUUAAUCUUAUUGAAUGCAUGUAUCUCUUAUGCUGUUCUGGUUCAUGCAUCCCCGUACGGGUUCCCAUAUGCAAUUCCACCCACUUCAUCGGUGGAUGACCCUACUUUCAGUCCACGACUUCAACGAAUUGCGAUUUUUCACACAGAAAGGCGCUUCCGUGACCUGGCGGAUAGCGAACACGUGACCUCCAAUGAUAGUUUUAUUUCGAUUCUUCCGUUAGAUGUGAAUGAUAUUCGUUUUCUUAAACCGCAUUCCUAUCCUGCAGCUAUCCCUUCUUCGUUAUUCUCUUACAUUUUACAAGAUGAUAACUUGCCAAACGACAAUUUCGGCGGAUUGACAGAACUUGUAAAUGCUUCUUCCAUACCUUGCAAUCGUUCUCGUCCCUACUGUGGCACGCCUUCUUUGUAUCCUUAUAUUCAUUUUCUUGAUUCCUUUUACCAGAUCCCCUCUCCUCCACACUCUCUCAAACCAACCGCUCGUCUUAUUAUGCUCUCUAGAACUUCACUGAACAACCCCGUAUUUCCUCCUGACAGACAGGCUGUUAAUUUGACGUUCAGUAUCGUUUCUGGUCCGCCUCUAACGCAUCUUCUGAUUCGGACAGAUACUCCAUCGGUUCGUUUGUUCGCUUGGUCUUUUAAUUCUAGUUCACCGUUUCCAAUACCGAUUCCACUCCCAAAGAAACGUGAUUAUCCUGGACCCACUGGUGCACAUUAUUUCGUGUAUCAUGUUAACGCGGAACUUCGAAAUCAUUCACAAGUGUGGACCCAGCCGUGGACAUUCUGGCUAUGCUUAGAUUUCUCUACUGAUGUUGUUCAACCACAUGUCGAUCUGGCCGCAGCGGGAAUUUACGUUCAUGACCAGUUCACUUCUUGUAAUUCUCCGGUUUUGAAAGAAGCCAUGUCACGACUUCCUCCUUGGGUGACCACAAUGAGCGGUUGUUCCUCUUAUGAACAUUAUCGUUUCCUUUUGAAGUAA